AGAACAUGGGUGAGCCUGGAAGCCACGACAUGAAUUCAGUGACCUUUGAGGAUGUGCACAUUGACUUCACUGAGGAUGAGUGGGUUUUGCUGAAUCCUUCCCAAAAGAGUCUCUACAUAGAUGUGAUGCUGGAGACAUACAGGAACCUCACUGCUACUGGCUACAGUUGGGAAGACCAUAAUUUUGAAGAGUAUUGUCAAAGUGCUAAAAAACAUGGAAGGUGUGCAAGAAACCAUAGUGGAGAGAAACUCUCUGAAUAUGCUCAAUGUGUUAAAUCAUUUGCAUAUUAUAGUCAUCUUCAAAGGCACAAAAGAACACAUACUAAAGAGAAACCCUAUGAAUGUAAUGAAUGUGGUAAAGUCUUUGCAUGUAAACGUAGUCUCCAAAUACAUAAAAGAACGCAUACUGGAGAAAAACCCUACACAUGUAAUCAGUGUGGUAAAGCCUUUUCACUGAACAGUAGUCUUCGAGUACAUCAAAGGACACAUACUGGAGAGAAACCUUAUCAAUGUAACGAAUGUGGUAAAGCCUGUUCAAAACUCAGUAUUCUACAAACACAUAAACGAAUUCAUACUGGAGAUAAACCCUAUGAAUGUGAUCAAUGUGAUAAAGCCUUUUCACAAAUCGGUCAUCUAAGAACACAUAAAAGAAUACAUACUGGAGAGAAACCCUAUGAUUGUGAUCAAUGUGAUAAAGCUUUUACAGAGCGCUCUAAACUCCAAAUACACAAAAGAACACAUACUGGAGAGAAACCCUAUGAAUGUAAUCAAUGUGGUAAAGCCUUUUCAUAUAUCAAUAGUCUCCAAGUUCACAAAAGAGCACAUACUGGAGAGAAACCCUAUGAAUGUAAUCAAUGUGAUAAAGCCUUUUCACAAAUUGGUCAUCUAAGAACACAUAAAAGAAUACAUACUGGAGAGAAACCCUAUGAAUGUGAUCAGUGUGAUAAAGCUUUUCCAGAGCGCUCUAAACUCCAAAUACACAAAAGAACACAUACUGGAGAGAAACCCUAUGAGUGUAAUCAAUGUGGUAAAGCCUUUUCACAUAUCAAUAGUCUCCAAGCAAACUUUCAAUCUCACCAGAGAAUCUAUACUGGUGAUAAACCUUACAGGUGUCAAGAAUGUGGCAAGUCCUUUACCUGGGCCUCAUCUAUUCAGACACAUCACAGAACCCAUACUAGUGAUGAAAAACCUUAUAGAUGUCAAGAAUGUGGCAAGUCCUUCACCCGGGUCUCACAUCUUAAUAUUCAUCACAGAACCCAUACUGGUGAGAAACCUUACAGAUGUCAAGAAUGUGGCAAAUCCUUUACCCAGGUAUCACAUCUUCAUAUUCAUCACAGAAUUCAUACUGGUGAGAAACCUUACAGAUGUCAAGAAUGUGGCAAAUUCUUUACCCAGGUCUCAACAUUUAUAUCUCAUCAAAGAAUUCAUACUGGUGAGAAACCUUACAGAUGUCAAGAAUGUGGCAAAUUCUUUACCCAGGUCUCAACACUUAUAUCUCAUCAAAGAAUUCAUACUAGUGAGAAACCAUACAGAUGUCAAGUAUGUGGCAAGUCUUUCGCCAGGUUCUCAGUUCUUCAUAACCAUCAAAGAAUUCAUACUGGUGAGAAACCUUACAGAUGUAAAGAAUGUGGCAAGUCUUUUGCCAGGACCUCAACUCUUCAUAAGCAUCGAAGAAUUCAUACUGGUGAGAAACCUUACAGAUGUAAAGAAUGUGGCAAGUCCUUUACCCAGGUCUCAACUCUUCACACUCAUCACAGACUCCAUACUGGUGAGAAACCUUACAGAUGUCAAGAAUGUGGCAAGUCCUUUACCCAGGUCUCAACUCUUCACACUCAUCAUAGACUCCAUACUGGUGACAAACCUUACAAAUGUAAAGAAUGUGGCAAGUCCUUUCACACAAAUUCAAGUCUUAGAAAGCAUCAUAAAAAUGCAUGUUAUGGGUACAUUUCUUGA